GUGUGUGUGCUGUGUGUGUGCGCUGGUGUGUGUGUGUGCUGGGGAUGCACCACCACCAUCUGCUGCUGCUGCACCCUCGGGUGCGGCGCUGCCAAGUGGCCUUCAAAAUAAAGGCCCCCCCUCAUCACGCCCUUCCACACUGCUUAGCUUUAGUAGAGCAUGUUUUGGGGAUGGAUUAGGACAAUUUAAAGUGGCAUUUCAUCGUCGUGAAAACUUGAUGUAAUGCGCUCUGUUGGGCCUUUUGCAGAAGAUAAACAGCAGCUUUAAAUCACAAUUACAUACGUUUGUGUGCAAUUAUACGCGCGCACAAUGUACUGUAAAUAUACAUUUCGGCUUCGGCAAAGGGAAAAUAAAAUACCGUUAAAUUAUACAAUAUUUGUUUUAAAAUCGGAAAGCAUUGUAGUUUGACAUUCAAAAUGAAAAUGUACAUUGCGGUAUUUAGUUUUUUUUUUUCGCUUAAUCCAAAUGUAUCUGUAUCCUUGCGUGACAAUUAUUGUCUAUUUAAAUUAAUACUGUACAAGGGGAUACUACAACUAGCCUUUUAUAAACCUACUUGCUGUACUGUCUCAAUGAGGCAUCCUGUUACCCAACAGCUGGAUUGACAUCCAAGACGCUGACACUGAAUAUAGCUGCUGCUAAACAUGCAUACGGAUGAAGGUUGCAUCUUGACUGCAAGGGUCAUGGGUCAAAUCCCAGUCGCACAGAGGGCCGGGCACAAUGCCCACAACCUACUACUGUGUUGUGGGCACUAAAGAUCCCGUGACAACAUUUACAAGAGCACGUCUCGUAUUCCCAAUGUGUACAUGAAUCACGGUUGUUUUACCGGUUCUUUGGUCGGUGCGCUUUACAAAUCUAGGAAUCGCUUUCCGCUAUCACUUUACUGCUGUAUCUUCGUCGUCAUGGGAGGAAAUGUUGCAAGUCUUUACACUCGUGCUAGGCCACUAUGCCGCGGAAUGAUCAUGCUGCUGCUGCCUUGGUAGUGGUGAACAAUUAACAAAUCAGUUUUGAAAUUGAAUCGUGGCCCCCGAAUCGUGAAGGGGUCAUCAAAUUUCGGCGGGUGGGGAGCCACCGUUGCGUAUGUUGUCUUAAUGACAUUAUAAAGGAGAGGUAACAAGAACAGGAGAGUAAAAAAGCAAUGCGAGGAAGCGCAUUGCAGCUGCUGGUGUGCUUUUUUCCGUGGACGGCACCUGCAUUGCUGAGCCAGGAACGGUGGGAGGGAGGCUCUUACGCAGCAAAGGGCUUGCGAUUCCAGCGGUGUCCAUAGGAGCAGCCCCUCCCUCCCCGUUCUCACGCUGUGAAUUAUUAAAAGAGAAGACACCCCGUCACCUCCUGCACCACCCAGCCACCACCAUUCCCUGGGAAACCGAGCCGGCGAUCCACGCCUUCGUUUCACGCCAUCGUCGCCACCGCGUUCCCUGCGAGCGGUGGCUAAAUGGACGGCGUUCUUCUUUUUUCACGGAGGAGACUUCCGCGCUGAUUUUUUAUUCCACUGCUCGUCCAUCACACGCCAGCCCGGCGGAGGGGACUGCCGCCGCCGCCGCCGUAGGCUCCGCUGCGGAUUUGCGGGGAGGCGUCGCCGUUGUUUGGCGGUCCUCGCCGUCGAAAAUUUAUCAUCAAUUUUGCAGCUGCUCCGGUUGGGCUGGAAACCCGUUUGUGCUUUUGGGGUUUAAUUAUUAGGGAUCGUCCGAGCCUGAACCUUCGCGAGCGUCCGGCGACGAUCGCCAGGCUGCACGACUGACGGUGUAAAUCGGCUGCCGCGGCUCAUCCAUCACGUCUUCUUGGUGCACCAUGGAAGCCGAUGGAGCGUUCCGAGGCAGACGGACCUCGCGUUUGGGCGGUGGUUUUUGCGUCUUCCGUGCGGCCGAUGAAGGACUCUGCGUUUCUGGAAAUGUCGGCACGUCCAUUGCCGCAUCUGCGAAGAUCAAUAAAGAAGAGCGAGCGGGCUCUGCAGCAUCGUGAUUUGGUUGAUGUCCUGUUACGGACAUUGACUGAGGUCUUAGCAUUUUAAAUAAUAAUAACAAUUAUAGCCUGCCUGUGGUGGUGCUCUUAAACAAAACUAAAAAAGGCCACAAAUACUGAAUAGUAAUUUUUUGUUGUUGUUAAUCCGCUAAUCGACGUGACUUUUCAUGGAAUUGGCAAAUCAACAACAGCAGCGGCAACAACAUCAACAUCCUGGCAACGAGAUCAAUUGAAAGGGGCGACUAAAUCUGUCGGCCACAUGGUGCUGGGACGCUCGCUCUUCAGCAUGGCCGUCGGGGCCCACGACGCCAGGGACGUGCAGGAGAGGGGGGCAUCUCCGCUGGCUCUGGGGGGGGCUCGCAGGGACAGCGCCGUGGGGGGCGGCGUCCUGGGCAGGGUGCUUCGUACGCGGCACGGCAUUUCCCGCAGCGCACCGCGUCUGCUGUGUAUGCUCGAACCAGGCAUCGACACUCGACUCAAGUUCACUGUGGCUCCAUCACCGGGAGCUGAUGGCUUUCAGCAGUGGUACGAUGCCCUCAAGGCAGUGGCCCGUCUCCCCACCGGCAUUUGCAAGGACUGGCGCAGGAGGGUGUGGCUCACUCUGGCUGACCAGUAUCUGGAGAGCAACGCCAUCGACUGGGAGAAGACGCUACGUUUCGCCUUCAACGACCGCAGCAACCCCGACGAUGAAUCGAUGGGCGCGCAGAUUGUAAAGGACCUGCAUCGCACGGGCUGCAGCGCGUACUGCGGGCGCGAGGCCGAAGGUGACCGCGUGGUGCUGAAGCGCGUGCUGCUCGCGUACGCUCGCUGGAACAAGGCCGUGGGCUACUGCCAGGGCUUCAACGUGCUGGCCGCACUCGUGCUGGAGGUCACCGAGGGGGACGAGGGCGAGGCGCUCAAGGUGAUGAUUUACUUGAUCGACAAGGUGCUGCCCGACAGCUACUUCGCCAACAACCUGCGCUCGUUGUCCGUGGAGAUGGCCGUCUUCCGAGACCUGCUGCGUCUGCGUCUGCCCGACCUCUCGCUGCACCUGGACGGCCUGCAGCGUGCCGCCAACCGCGACACCGGAGGGACAGGCAGCUACGAACCGCCGCUCACCAACGUGUUCACCAUGCAGUGGUUCCUCACGCUGUUUGCCACGUGCCUGCCCAAGGCAGCCGUGCUGCGCAUCUGGGACUCUCUCUUCUUCGAGGGUUCCGAGGUCAUCCUGCGCGUGGCCCUCGCCAUCUGGGCCAAGCUUGGAGAGCGGAUCGAGCACUGCCGCAGUGCGGACGAGUUCUACAGCGCCAUGGGCCAGCUCACGCAGGAGAUGCUUGAGAAGAACCUCGUCGACUGCAAAGAGCUCAUGCAGACGGUGUACUCCAUGGCUCCGUUCCCGUUCCCUCAGCUGGUGGAGCUUCGAGAGAAGUACACCUACAACAUCACGCCCUUCCAGGCCCACGUGAAGCCUCACGGCGCGCACGGCGUGCCGGUGCUGGGGAACCGGGACCGCGACAGCGACGACGACCUGGAGCUGGAGGACGACGACACCGCCGCCAUCCCGGUCACCUGCCUGGGCCCCUUGGGGGGCCUCUGGCAGGUGGGGACACAGCGGCCGCACGUCCCGAGCCUCCGAGACCACGCCGGGGAGGAGGGCGGCGGUGGCGGUGGGGGCGGCCGUGGGCGCAGCGUAGCCGAGGCGAGCCCGGGGGCCGUGGGCUCGGGCCGCACGGCCGCACACGAGCACCAGGCAGCGCUCAACAGCAUGAUGAUGGAGCGCAUGAGCACCGACAUCCAGGCUCUGACGCGCCAGUACGGGCGCAUCCGUCACCGGCAGAGGCUGCAGACGCACCUGGUGUGCCCCCGUACAGAGCCUAGGCCCAUGCUACUGUCGGGGCCCAGCAUGGAGCCCCCACCUGUGCUCAACCACCUGAUGCUGAGCAAGCAGCUGCAGCGCACGGCCUGCGAGAGGAACUGCACGGUGGUGCGCGACGGGGUGGUGGAGGGCGCCACCGCCAAGCGCAGCGCGGGCGCACGCAGCCGCCGGAGCAGCAGCGACAGCGCCCCAGGCUCCCGCUGCAAGCCGGACAGCCCUGACGGAGCGGGCGUGACGGGAGAUGAGCACGAACCUGCACCGCACCGUCACGAGCAACGCGGCGACGCCCGCCCCGACGUCGGCUCCGGCUCCGAUGCCGGCUCCACCAGCACUUUGGGGAGCGCUGGGGACGAGGGGCCCCACCGCUCCGACGGAGUGAUCGAGGAGCCCGCCGAGGGCGGCUCCGGCAGUACCGUCUCGCCGUCGUCCGGUUGCUGCGGCGGCUACGGCAUCGACGCUUCGGAGAAGCCGGCGAACCCGGACAUUGCCCGGCCCAAGGAGCUCGCGUCGCAGCCGCGUGGACGUGGCGAGACUGCUUCGGACGGCUCGGGUGCGGCGAGUGCGACGGGCGCAAAGGAUCCUCGGUCUUCGGACAACAGCUCGGCGGCGGUGGUGGAGGCGGUCCCGGACGAGCGCCCCGUGGCGGAAGGAGGCGUCUCGCGGCCCGUGUUCGGGGACGGAGACGAGAGGCGGCCCAAGUCCCGCACGAGUUCGACGUCGUCGGCCGCGAGCGCCCGUUCAGUGGAGUCGCGCGGCAGCUCGGACGCGAGCGAGGGGCGGCCCGGCUCGGCCGCGGGGCCACGGGCGCCGGCGUUCAACCCGUUCCCCAGCGCCAAGACGCCGCGCAAGUCGGCGGCGGCAAAGAAUCUGGGGCUGUACGGCUCGGGCGGGCGAACUGCCGUGCCGCCGAUGUCUCGGCACAACGGACGAGCCAGCGGCAAGGCCGGCAGCUAGGACUUGAUCAGAAACAUAGAAAUAUUGAACAGCAAGAGAAAUGGUGACGUUGUUUCCACACUCCAAACGAGCGGUUGGUGGGGACGUUCCCUUGUUUGGCAGUUUUGAGCCAACGAUGGAAGUUCUUCACUCCUCCCGCGAGGGCCAGGCCCCAUAGCGUCGGCGCUGUUGGUUCCCGUGAAAUGGUACUCUAUCUACCCAGAAAGGAUGAUGGGAUGAUUUGACGCUUGACCAGGGUUGUAACUGGCAUCCUUUCGACGGCGAGUCACGGGUGCGUGUCUGUGUGUGUCUGUGUGUGUCUGUGUGUGUCUGUGUGUGUCUGUGUGAAGAUUGAGAGCAAGGCUCGAUUGAUAUACACUUCAAUCGAUCUAUUGUCACACAAUGUCUUCUCAUGCUGCAAUGUAUAUAUACACAUCUAUCAUGGUAAUGAUAAUGAUUAAUAUAUUGAGUAAUAAUGAAGCAGUGUCAUUUCUAAAUAAUAGUUUAUUAUAAUAGUUAAAUAACAUUUUAAAAGUCCGUGCCUCCCUUCUCCAAAGAAGAUUGGGGAGUACCUGUCUUCAUUGGCGGUCCAAAGCCAGUGGUGGAAAUUCCACAUUUCUUUGGCGGAGGUCACCAUCUCCAUAUCAUAACCACUGUUGGCUUCCUCCAAAAUGGUGAAAAAGUGUGCAUAUUUAUGUAUCCAACUAUCGUGUGAAUUUUACACGAAGAAGACUGGAUGGGUUAUUUACAGUGCUUGUGGUAAAGUUGUGGUGUGGUGGUGUUCGGCACCAUAGAACAUCUAUGACAUUUGUCGCAUUAAAUCAUGACAGCCCUAUCACAUCUCCCAGUGUUGGUAAAACAAAAAAAUAGGGUUCCUAAAGCAAACCCAUAGGGUUUACCCACAUUCCUGUACAGGCCCAUACGGCAUACAGCCGUUUCAAUACGGGAAUUUGUUUUUUAUUUUGUCUAGUUAGUUUUUUUUUCUCCCUUGUGAUGGGACUUUGUAGGAUGAACCUUGAUAUGUAUAAGGGCACGGGGUGACCAAUAAGGUCUGAAUUGUUCUGUAAUAAGGUAGGGCACUGAUAAGGGGUUGACAGAUUUGCCAAAGUCGGGUCCCAGUAACCCCAUAAUACCGCUGCCUCCAGCGUGUGAGCGUCAAAAAGAGGACUAUUGUUUAUCAUGGACUCAUGUAUCAUGUCUUCGGAUUACAUUUUCCAAAAAGUAAUUCCUAAAUUAUUUAAAAAAGGAAAGUCGUGGACAGUUUGUGUUAUUAUGAAGAUAGUAGCAACUAAUUCAAAUAAAUGAUGCUUUAAUAGUCAAAGGGUAAAUCAGCCUAUGAUAAUAUGAAGAAAGUAUGCAUGGAAUUAAUAGAGAGUACUGUGCUCGACCGUGUUUUGGAAAUGCCAAAUACAGGAUUAGGUGACACCGAGUCCUCGAAUCUCUGGUCAUCUGUAACUAGAAACCAUCAAGUAAAACUAUCCCAACACUUCGUGUCUUUCUACCUUGCCUACUCCGCAAGUACGAGAGAAAGUAAAAAUGUAAUAUUACAAGAAAUCUUGUUCAUAGCAGAACCAAAGCCUUCAACGAAAAUAUUCGCAUAUCGUGGGAUUUUUCGUAAUAAAGACGAUAAAAACA